GGCACACGCGGAGAGCCCAACAGAGAGGCUGCAUCCGCUCCCGGUAGCAGACGCCGCUGCGCAUCGCUCCUUAACGGACCCACACGGUACACAUCUCAGGAUUCCUUUUGGGACUUUUGAAGAUCUCAUCAUACUUUUUCAUACACACGUGGAUCAUAUUUUUGCUGUAGCACUGGGAUAUUUCUAAUCAGCGACGAAGAUGCCUGCCGACAUGAUGGAAAAGUCUUCAUCCUCUCCGGUUGCUGCGACCCCGGCAAGCAUGAACACUACUCCUGAUAAACCCAAGACAGCAUCUGAACAUAGAAAGUCAUCAAAGCCAAUUAUGGAAAAGAGAAGAAGAGCCAGAAUAAACGAGAGCUUGGGUCAGCUGAAAACUCUGAUUCUGGAUGCUCUGAAAAAAGAUAGCUCCAGACACUCCAAACUGGAGAAGGCGGACAUCCUGGAGAUGACAGUUAAACAUCUCCGGAACCUCCAGAGGGCUCAGAUGACCGCUGCGCUGAACACUGACCCCACCGUUUUGGGAAAAUAUCGCGCAGGAUUCAGUGAAUGCAUGAACGAAGUCACGCGCUUUCUGUCCACCUGCGAAGGUGUGAACACUGAGGUCAGGACGCGCCUCCUCGGCCACUUGGCCAGUUGCAUGACCCAGAUCAACGCCAUGAACUUUCCCAGCCAGCAUCAGCACCAGCAUCAGCUCCCAUCCAACGCGGGGCCAACACACCCCUCCUUCGUUCAGUCCAUGGUGCAGAUCCCCAGCUCAUCCCCGCAGGUCAUGCCCAUGAACCCGGGGUCCUGUAAAGGGGGCUCCUCGCCGGCCAGUUUACCUCCAGAUGCCACCAAAGUGUACGGCGGCUUUCAGAUCGUACCUGCCACUGACGGACAAUUCGCUUUCCUAAUCCCCAACGCGGCUUUUGCAUCAAACGGCCCAAUCAUCCCGGUUUACGCAAACAACGUCAGCACGCCGGUGCCUGUUCCGGCUGCGGUGUCCCCCGGAGCUCCCUCAGGCAACUCGGACUCGGUGUGGCGGCCGUGGUGAAAGGACCACAAUAAAGACUCUGACACUAUUAGUUUGAUGAACUCUAGAAAAGUUGUUUUUUUCCUGUAAAAAUAAAGAGUAUGCACUAUAUGUGUACAG